AUGUCAAAGAGAAUAGCAGUUAUUGGUUCUGGAGUAAGUGGGCUGACAUCCAUCAAAGCUUGCCUGGAGGAAGGCCUUGAACCCACCUGUUUUGAGCAAAGCAGUGACAUUGGUGGCCUAUGGCGAUUCACAGAAACUGUAGAGGAAAGAAGAGCAAGUAUCUACAGGUCACUCACCAGUAAUUCCUCCAAAGAGAUGAGCUGCUUCAGUGACUUUCCAAUGCCGGAUAACUUUCCAAACUUUCUGCACAAUGCAAAGUUCCUGGAAUAUUUGAGACUGUAUGCAAAACAUUUUGAUGUGCUCAAAUAUAUCAGAUUCAAGUCUCCAGUUGUCCAUGUAGAAAAAUGCCAAGAUUUCUCUACUACUGGUCAAUGGAACGUGAUUGUAGAGAAAGAUGGAAAGCAGGAAUCCUUCACCUUUGAUGCUGUCAUGAUCUGUACAGGACAUCAGAUAGAAGCAUAUACUCCACUGAAUUCUUUUCCUGGUUUUGAAAAGUUCAAGGGGAAUUCAUUCCACAGCCAAAAUUACAAGGAUUCAGAAGAAUUUGAAGGGAAGACUGUUGUGAUCAUUGGAAUGGGAAAUUCAGCUGCUGACAUUGCUGUGGAGAUCUGCAAGAAAGCAAAGAAGGUGGUCCUCAGUGCCAGGGGAGGCACGUGGGUGAUGAGUCGAGUAUAUGACAAUGGCUAUCCUUGGGACACCAUCUAUCACACUCGCUUUAUUAAUUUUAUCCGAAAUUCUAUCCCAUGGUUUGUUUUGAAAUGGAUGACAGAACACAAGAUGAAUCAAUGGUUCAAUCAUGAAAACUAUGGUUUGGUGCCUCAAAACAGGUACUUGAUGAAAGAGCCAGUGUUCAAUGACGACCUGCCAAGCCGUAUCCUGUGUGGAUAUGUGAGCGUGAAGCCACUUGUCCGGCAGUUCACAGAAACCUCAGCCAUAUUUGAAGAUGGGACAAUGGUGGAGAAUGUAGACAUUGUCAUCUUUGCAACAGGCUAUAGCAUUGCAUUCCCUUUCCUGGACAAGUCAGUCCUUGAGAUAGAGGAUAAUCGUGUCUCACUGUAUAAGCAUGUCUUCCUUCCUCAUCUGGAGAAGCCAACCUUGGCUGUUAUUGGUCUCAUCCAGCCUCUUGGGCCUAUUAUGCCCACUUCAGAAUUGCAGGCACGCUGGGCUACAAGAGUCUUCAAGGGUAAGAUUAUAAAGAAGAUGAAUAUUUUAUAUAACCGUGCCAUGAUGGCUGAUACCAUUAAAAGAAAUGAAAAAAGGAUUAAGUUUGGCACCAGCCACAGUCAGUCAAUUCAAACCGAUUUCAUUGAUUACCUGGACGAGCUUGCUGCAGCCUUGGGAUCAAAGCCAGAUCUAUUCUCACUGCUGUUGUGGGAUCCCAUACUAGCUUGGGCCAUGUUUUUUGGGCCCUGCAACCCUUUCCAAUUCCGUCUGAAAGGGCCAGGCAAGUGGAAUGGAGCUAGAGAUGCCAUCCUCACCCAGAGGGAGCGGAUUAUUAAACCCACGAAAACACGAAUUGUGAGCAGCUCUUCAAACCACACUCUGUUCUCCCUGCUCACAGCCAUUGGUCUCCUUGGUAUCUUGGCUGCAUUUUUCCUUUUCCUUGUUCAGCAUUGAUCUCCACCCUAAAACACAUUAGUGACAACUGCUUAUGUC